AGGUCGAUGCAUUGGGGUUAAAGUUGACGAAUGGUUACUAUGGCGGCGUCGACAGCUGUUUGCAGGCCGCUUGUUCUGCGGAGGGGUAUCGGAACUUUAUUCAUUGGUAGCCUAGGCAGGUACAGUUUAGGAGUUGGGAGUAGGUUUGUUGCACACGAGAGCCGAAGCUGGAAGACGGGGUCUGUGGGAUCGCCUGGAACGAGGUGUUACAGUGAAAAUGCAGCGGGACCGGAGCUGCGGGUGCAUCACCUGGAGGAGGAAUCGAGAGGAAUUGUUGUACUUGGAAUAAAUAGACCACAGUCCAAAAAUGCAUUCAGCAGAAAACUUGUGGACAUGAUGGCAGCAGCAAUAGAAGAAGUGAAAUGCGAUAAUAAUGUUCGAGCUGUUAUAUUGCGCAGUGAGGUACCAGGCAUAUUUUGUGCAGGUGCCGAUUUGAAGGAGAGAGCAAAAAUGCAGCCCAGUGAAGUUGGUCCAUUUGUUUCCAAAACAAGAGGUUUAAUUAAUGAAUUUGGUAAUCUUCCAAUGCCCACAAUUGCUGUACUUGAUGGAGCUGCCUUAGGAGGAGGUCUAGAAAUAGCUCUAGCCUGUGACAUUCGUGUGGCUGCUUCCUCUGCAAAAUUGGGACUUGUUGAAACCAAAUUGGCAAUUAUUCCCGGUGCAGGUGGCACACAGCGCCUCCCUCGUAUUGUAGGAGUAUCCAUGGCAAAGGAACUCAUCUUUUCUGGGCGUGUUGUUGACGGCACUGAAGCAAAAGCAAUUGGUCUGGUUAGUCAUGUUGUGGAGCAAAAUGAAGAAGGAGAUGCAGCCUAUCAUAGAGCAUUAUCACUAGCAAAAGAAUUUUUACCUCAGGGGCCUAUUGCAGUGAGAUUAGCAAAACUAGCCAUCAAUCGAGGGAUAGAGGUUGAUUUGAAAACAGGCUUAGAAAUAGAAGAAACUUGUUAUGCUCAGGUAAUUCCAACGAAGGACAGAAUUGAAGGACUUAAUGCUUUCAAAGAAAAACGACUACCCGUCUACACUGGAGAAUAAAAAGACACAUCGUAAGCAGCAUGUGGGAUGAAAAAAAUCAUGGUGCUUUCUAUCUGGGGUGUUCACAUUUUGCUUGAAGUAAUACUAUUCAAGAGCCAUAAGUGUAUUAUCUAGGAAAAUAACAUUAAGAAUUGCUGUUAUAUAAAAAUCUUUGGAUUCAUAUUUAAACAAUUUUAUGAUACAUAAAUAUUGUAGCUGAGAUCUAUUUCUCCUUAUGAUUCAGAAUAAGUUUGAAGCAGUUACUAAUGCCAGAAAUAUAAGAAUAAGUUUUGACCCAUUUAACACCUCAAACCUGUACCACCACUGUGUAGGAUCAAGAUUGAUUUGUAUCCUAUUCCCAUAUAAAUUGUUUUGAUUAUAUUUACACCAUGUUUUGAACAAAGAGGCAUAAAAGAUUAAUUUAAACCGAUCUGUCACUGUUGUUCCUUGGAUAUAGCUUUGUUAAAAUGUUAAUCAUGUUAUGUAAGUUAGCAUUGACCCCGAAAAUAUAAACAUCCCCUUAGAACUUUAAUGUUGUGGAUGAAGAUCAAACUGAAGUGUCCAAAAAAUACUUUUUACAAUUUAAAAAUAAAGCAUAAAGAAAUCAGUUUUCAGUAUUGAUGGGAAGAAUGUGAUUUUGUACAAAAUGUGUUAUCAAAUAAAUGACCUUUAUGCAAAGUACAGUAUUUGCUGUUCUAUUGCCAUCAUUGAAGAAUGAGUGGAGAAAAAUUGGCCGGUUUGUUUAUACAAAGUUAUUACAAAAUAGUUACAAGACUUGAAGCAUCCUUCUGAAAAACGUAAUAAUCUGGCAACUUAAAUUUCUCCUGCACCAAAAAAAAUGAUACUUAAUGCAACACAUCGAGCUUUUCUGACUCUUCACAUCUCAAGCUCUUUAAAAAUGAUAGAGCAUCAACAAUAAAAAGAAGUGUGAAUAGUGUAGUUUUUAAGUAAUGAGAAAGAACACGGUAACGGUAAACCAUUCAUUCCUGGAAUCAUUCUCAUGAACAUCUUCUAGUCUUCUCAAAAUGAUUGCUAACAUUGCUUUUGCCUUCUUCACCAUCAACUCAACCUGCAAGUUAACCUUAAGUGAAUCCUACACAAGGGCUCCCAAAACCCCUUGUAUCUCUGAUUUCUGAAUAUCCUCCCCAUUUAGAAAAUAGUCUAUGGCUUUAUUCCUUCCACCAAGUGUAUAACCAUAAAAUUCCCAACAUUAUAUUCCAUAUGAGCUUGAAAUAUUGUGCAUUAUAUCUUUAAAUCUGUUCAAUAGGCAUUUUAACUUUGAAAUACUGCCUAGAAUACUGUUGAUAGUGGCUUCAGAAAAUGCAUGAAAGCUGAGCCAAAUCAGAUUUGCUUACGGAAUGCAAUCAUAUCAGUUUAAUACAUGCUAAUAAGUUAGUGAUCCUGGUUGCCAACAUUUAAAGCAGAGAAUGUGAAUCAAUUAUCCUUGGAACUACAACCAUGAAUUAGGAAAAGCACCAAAAUUAUACACAACCCCCAAUGAUCCUUCUGCAAUUCUAAUAUGUAUAGACAACUAAUUGGAAUUUGCUUCACAUGCUUGUUGAACAUUCUGAUUUUUUUUUAACUCCUGGAUUAUUCUACUUAGUAAUCUGCUCUGGAAGCAGUAAUAAUUUUUAAUUGUGUGUGAUGAUGAGACAGAAAAUGGAAAAAUAUUUGAAUACUUCAAUUAUUUUUAUUAAUUUAUGUAAUUUAUGCCACUGUCUAUUUUACAUUAAAGCCUAUUAAUAUCUUAAUUAGUGCCAUGUAAGAUUUGUAGAACUUCUAUUUUUAUGUAUAUUUGUAUGACAGGCCUUACUUCAGCUGAAGACAAACAGUUUAUUCAACUACAGAUCCUAAAGUGUAAAUACAUCUGAAAUAUUAGAAAACUAAUCAAUCAGAUUGUUUUGCUGGAACAGCAAACAAAAUGAUAGACUUCAGGAUCAUUGCUAUUUCCAAAAGAAAUAAAAGCUGUCAAAACAGUAUCAUUAGUAAUGUGUGGAUGGUAGGAUUUGUGUGAAAAAUUGUUAUUUUAGGCAUGUUAAGAAUGUAAUUUGAUCCACUGACACCUAAAUCAAUAAUUCUCUACCACAGUCAGUUGAAAACUACACCACAAAGACAUGUUAUUGCAUAGUUCUAAAUUUGUGAAUUUGUCAACAUCCAGGACUUGUAAAGUUUAGCAGCAAGUAUUUUGGUCGCCAAGAUGCUGCACAUUAUGUUAUUAAACACGUGCCAUAAUUUUCUUGUCACUUCUAAAGUCUCCUACUGUUUGAUUGCCUUCUGAUCUCCACAGGCAAGUUUUAACACUGAAUUAGAAAUUUGCAGUUGAUCUUAACUGAGUUUAUGCAAGUACUACUGGAUUGUUGACUUCCUGAUCAAUCCCCAGGAAUUCACUAACAUUUACUUCUGCUACAAAUAUGUCACCACUAAACGUAAAAAGAAUCUAAUUUACUUGACUAUCUGGCCCUCAUGGAUGAGGGUACACGCAAGAUUCAUGCAGCUCUAAUCCACAACAUGGAGAUAAGCAGAACUUAAAAAUGUAGGCAAGUUCAGAAUGAUUAAAUUUGUGUUGGUGCACAUGCAACACUGUCAUGCCAUGACCAGAGGACGACAUAUAUAGUGCUAUAUAGUGUGAACGAAAAGGUCUGAUGCUUUUUUAAAUCUUCAUUGCUGCACAUUAAUGAAUUUAAUUUUAAGUAAUAUGUAAAGUGCAAACCAAGUAAUGGUUCCUUCAUGUUCACUAUGUUUCCUUCACCGCAUAGAAUGUGUACUUAAAGUACCAUACUGUAAGUCAACAUAGACUAUUUUUCAUAUUUCUAUGAACUUUCAAUAAUAUUAUUUAAACAAACUGUAAUUGAAUGUUUUAAAUAUUGACCAUAAAUGAUAGACUAACUUCCAGAUAAAUAUUUCCAGAAAAAUAGAGCAAAUAAUGCACAUCUGAAAAGCAGGAGUAUUAAUAUGUUUUUGAAUGUUUUUGAUUUUACCAAUUAAACCAACAUUUAACAAUCCCCAAAGGCUUAUUUGG